GAGCGCCGUGUUGACGUCAUUAAUGCGCGACUGCUACUCGCUCCACGUGAAUUCCACCAACGAAUUGGCUUAUUAUAUUAAUACUGCGUUUUGUUUUACUUAAAAUCACUUCCAGAUCAAUCUGUCAUGUCGUUGACGACGAGUUGUCGUUUUUGUUUGGUUUCGGUUCGGUCGAGAUUGAAUCCCUGUGUGUUCGGAUGUUUGGGGUCUCCGGUGAGAUUCUCACACACAGGAUGCGGAAGAUGGACACGGUCAGCUUCCCACACACCGUUGCUCCUACAGAGUAGCUUUUAUUCAGAUAAGUUGGGCUUUCGGCGGACAUUUAAGACUGCUGUAGCUUCAUGGAGCGACGAAGUUGGCAAAAUUCAGUCACAGCAUUAUCAUUUGGUGUACACCUGCAAGGUCUGUUCGACACGUUCAAUGAAGAAGAUCUCCAAGGUGGCGUAUCACAAUGGCGUUGUUAUCGUAAAAUGUCCAGGCUGCCAGAACCAUCACAUCAUCGCCGAUAACCUGGGAUGGUUUUCUGAUCUGGAAGGAAAGAGAAACAUUGAGGAGAUACUCGAAGCCAAAGGGGAGACGGUGAGGCGUCUCGCGGACGAUGCUGCCCUAGAGAUCGUUGCCGAGGAGACGAUUAAAGAAGCGAUGCAGAGGAGCGAAGAGGAGCAGAAAGCCCUCGAGGACAACUCUGAGAAAUCAUGAUCUCUGCUGCAGUGAAGGACAUGUUGAAAUUGAAACAGUGUAGAAAUGAAUCUCAUUCAGGUGUGUACAUCAGCAGAGUAAAUGAAUGUGUUCUGAAUGGAGCGCUCUCCAGUGUCUUCAUAACAUGACAAGCGUUUAUUUUUUGUCUUAUGAAUUUUAAACCUCCAGGUUCCCACUGUAUUUCAUAUUUCCAUAAACACUGUCACGGCCAAAGCGUGUGUACAGACACACCUGAUUUCAGCCAUAUGCUUGCUAUACAGUACGUAUAAGGGGAUAAAAUCAAACCCACAACCAUGCAGCGAGAAUUUUUAUAACUUAUGGCGAGCCCUAAGUGACAGCUAAUAGCCAUCCUGUGUUAGACCUCUAUAAAACAGCCACUGUCAUGAAAGUGCGCCGUAUUGAAGAGGGUAGCAUGGACAGGACUCCUCCACCUUUCCAUCUGGUGGGUUUAAUGAAUUUCUGCCAUGUUAGAGCGAGCAUUCACUAGACUUCCAGACUGACAAGAAUGUUUAGUCAGGAGCAUCAUGGGGUUGGUUUCCAUGGCUACGCAGCAGCACGAAGCCUUGCAUCACCAUAUGCAAUUCCAGGCAUCGGUGACAGCGGUGUGUAAAGCCCAUCAUCAGUGGAGCCAGUAACACACUUUCUCUGAGUGAUGAAUCAUCUGGAGAAGGAAUAAUAAUCUAGUUUUUUUUUUUCUUUCAUUGUUUGGGUGAAGCCCGAUAACUCACUUUUUCAUCCUGGUCAGGAGUAUGGAAGUGGCAGAGCUUAUCCCGGGCUCAUUAGGCAUGAGGCCGAAAUACACCCUGGAUCAGACCUCAGUGAGAAACUGGGAAAUCUUAAUGUUAGUACAUGCUGUGACUUUUUACCAAAUUCUGUGCUCUAUAUUUAUAACAUUACUUCAACUAAGGGUAGUAAUGUCCCUGUUCACAGAGAGAGGUUGGAAAAUAAGUUGACAGCCUCAUCCAGACCCCUGACCUAACCUCAACCAACACCUGUGGGAUGAACUGGAAGGACAAUUGUGAGCCAAACUUUAUCCAUCAGCAUUUCAGAGAGGAAUGCAAACAAAACUGCUGUCACUUUCCAAAAUUGAGUAUGGAUCUGAGUGGAGUGGAUCAAAAGGCAAUACCUAUAUAUUAAUGGCCGUGGCUUUGAAACGAGAUGCUCACCAUGUUUGCCUGAUCAAGUGGCGAUGCAGAGGAGCGAAGACAAACAGAAAUCUCUUGCAGACAACUCGGAGAAAUCAUGACUCUUCUGACAAAAUCUUUGCUGCACUAAUGUAUAGAAUGUAAAAAUGUAUCCUUAAGGUGUGAAAAUCAGGGGAGUAAAUGAAUGUGCUGUUGUACAUGUUCAUAAUGGAGUGCUUUCCAGUAUCCUCCUAACAUGACAAGCAUUUUUUUGGUCUUUUUAUUUUGUUAACCUCCAGGUUCCCUAUUUAGAUCAAGGUUAACCCAAUAUAUUUUGGUAUAACAGCAAAAUUGGUCAGCUGGUUUGUUUUUUUUAUUUAAUAUUGAGGUAUGUGCCUUGGGCUACAGAAGCGGAAUCGGAUUCUGCUAUACUAUGCAAAUAAAAGAAAUUCACUUUACAGUACCUCACUUCCUUUCUAGUCUGACUUUCUUUUUAGAUUAUUGACCUACAAAUCUAGGAAGCGUUGACGUAUCGCAGUAGCUAGCAAACGCUUUCACCGAUGCCUAGCAUUGCAUAUGGUGAUGCAAGGCUUCUUGUGCUGCUGCGUAGCCAUGGAAGCCAACCCCAUGAUGCUCCUGAUUAAACAUUCUUGUGCUGAUGCUGCUUCCAGGUUGUUAAACUGGAAGACUAGUAAGCACUGGCUCGAGGUAUGUGCAUUAGGCUACGGAAGCGGAAUGUUUGACUAUACAAAUAAAAGAAAUUUACUUUACAGUAUCUCGUCACCUUUCUAGUCUGACUUUCUUUUUAAAUUAUUGACCUACGAAUCUGGGUGGUGGUGGCUCAAGUGGUUAAGGCUCUGGGUCGUUGACCGGAAGAUCAACACCGCCAAGUUGCCACUGUUGGGCCCUUGAGCUAGGCUCUCUGCUCUCUAACCCUCUCUGCUCCAGGGGCGCUGUAUCAUGGCUGACCCUGCGCUCUGACCCCAACCUCCAAGGAUGGGAUAUGUGAAGAAAGAAUUUCACUGUGCUGUAAUGUAUAUGUGACAAAUAAAGGCUAUUUCUAUUCUAUUC